AUGGCAAGCCUGCAGCAAGAGCAGCUGGUGUCUGAGAUUGUUCCAACAACAAAGGGAAACAGCAACCGUAUAGCAGCUCUUAACUUGGAUGGCCAGUCCCCACCUUGCAUUGAUCAUGGCCAUCCGGACCAGCAGAAACCUGGAUGGAGGAAGUUCCUAUCAUACGUAGGACCCGGUUUUCUUGUUUCAUUAGCUUAUCUUGAUCCAGGAAACUUGGAAACCGAUUUGCAAGCAGGAGCCAACCAUGGAUACGAGCUGUUAUGGGUGAUACUUAUUGGUUUGAUCUUCGCUCUCAUAAUCCAAUCUCUAGCUGCAAAUCUUGGUGUAAGCACCGGUAAACACCUAUCUGAGUUGUGCAAGGCUGAGUACCCAAAGUUGGUGAAACUGUGCCUAUGGUUGCUAGCAGAGGUAGCUGUCAUAGCUGCUGAUAUACCUGAAGUGAUCGGAACAGCCUUUGCAUUGAACAUACUAUUUCACAUCCCAAUCUGGGCAGGAGUUCUCAUGACUGGUUUUAGCACUCUCCUACUUCUUGGCCUCCAAAAAUAUGGGGCGAGGAAACUGGAGCUGUUGAUCACAGUGCUGGUGUUUACAAUGGCAGCCUGUUUCUUUGGUGAACUUAGUUAUGUAAAGCCUCCAGCAUCUGGUGUGCUUAAAGGCAUGUUUAUCCCUAAGCUCUCAGGCCAAGGAGCAACUGGUGAUGCUAUUGCUCUACUUGGAGCCCUUGUCAUGCCGCACAACCUCUUUCUUCAUUCUGCUCUAGUGCUUUCUAGGAAAGUACCCAAUUCUGUUCGUGGCAUCAAUGAUGCAUGUCGAUAUUACCUGUUAGAGAGCGGAUUUGCACUACUUGUAGCAUUUUUAAUCAAUGUAUCAAUUAUCUCUGUAUCGGGUACUGUUUGCAUGGGCAAGAAUCUCUCAUCUGAAACUGCUGAUCAAUGCAAUGAUCUUACACUCAACGGGGCUUCUUUCUUACUCAAGGAAGUGCUAGGAAAGUCAAGUUCGACCAUUUAUGCCAUUGCAUUACUAGCCUCAGGACAAAGCUCUACUAUCACAGGCACUUAUGCAGGACAAUAUAUCAUGCAGGGUUUCUUGGAUUUGAAGAUGAGAAAAUGGGUUAGGAACCUUAUGACUAGGUGCAUUGCCAUUACACCAAGUCUCCUAGUCUCAAUUAUAGGUGGAUCAUCAGGGGCAGGCCGAUUAAUCAUUAUUGCAUCGAUGAUUUUGUCCUUUGAACUUCCAUUUGCACUCAUCCCACUUCUGAAAUUCAGCAGCAGUAACACCAAGAUGGGACCGCACAAGAACUCGAUUUAUAUAAUUGUCAUCUCAUGGAUUCUGGGAUUGAUGAUCAUUGGAAUCAAUGUGUAUUAUCUAAGCACAGGCUUUGUGGACUGGCUAACUCAUAACAAUCUGCCCAAAGUUGGAAAUGUGUUUAUCGGGAUCGUAGUCUUUCCUCUGAUGGCAAUAUAUAUUCUUUCUGUCAUCUACCUGACCUUCAGAAAAGACACUGUUGUGACAUACGUUGAGCCAGUAAAGAAUGAUCCUAAUCUUGAAGCUAACAUGGAAAGAGGAGAAGGAAAAUCUAACCAGGAAAUGGGAGUGGGUCAGGUACCUUACAGAGAGGAUUUAGCUGAUGUCCCGCUACCAGAGUAG